AUGGCUACUCCUUUCCGCUUCGUACGACCUAUCACUCAGGCUGCCCGAUCUGGAGCCGUUUCAUUCGCUGCCCGACCCUUCCACACCACAGUCGCACGAUUCGCUGUCCAGGACAUCAAGACAACAAAGGAGUUCAAGGACCUUGUUUCCACAACAGAUAAGGCCGUCCUAGUUGACUGCUUCGCUACCUGGUGCGGUCCUUGCAAGGCCAUUUCUCCCAUCCUCAACAAGCUCUCCGAGGAAUCUUCUCUUUCCAAGAGCAUUGAUUUCGUCAAGUUUGAUGUGGAUGAGCUCCCUGACCUGACUGGCGAGCUCGGCGUUCGCGCCAUGCCAACUUUCUUUGUCUUCAAGGGUGGUGAGAAGGUUGACGAGUUGGUGGGCGCCAACCCUCAGGCUCUCCAGAAGAUGCUUGCCAAGCAUGCUGCUUAG